ACAGCUACCGGUUCUCGCUUUUCUUAAUCCCUCUUCUCUUUUCUCUUUUUUUCGCGUGGUAGAGGUCGGGAGCAGUGACCCCUUUCCUUGCCUCCCGUCGUAGCAACACGCAGGCGGGAGCGGCGUUGGCGACCCGGAGAGUUGCUAUGUAAGGCAGGCAGGCAGCUCGGCGUGGCUGUAACGAGCGUGUGUGUUGCCAGAGUUGGGAAAGUCGAAGAGGUGGUGGUGGUGGUAAAUGCGGCCCGGCAAAGCAGCAGCAUACACGUUUAUUGAUCUGACGGCCGCUCAUCUAAAUGGCCCGGCCUCGAUGGGGGACUUGUGUAGUGUGUGUACCUCCACCAAAACCAACCUCUCUCUGGCGUCUUGAUUCCAAGUGCCUUCCCUCCGCCGCCACGCCUUCCCCUCCUCCAUCAAAAAAAGGAAUCUUGCAUAACGCUCGCACGAGAGGAGAGAUAACACGGGGAUAACAGUAGGGAGGGGAAAGACGGCGUGGGAUUGGUCAUGAAACGUCACUAGAGGCGGGGCCAGGCCAGUCACGGCGAGAGAGACGAGGGCAGUGGGAGACGUCAGUGACAGAGAGACCUUUGAAGGGGAAACAUGUAUCGCGGGCUCUGUGGAGGCGGCUGUCUAUAGAGAGCCUUACAAAGCCCUGUGUUGUGAAUCCUCCUGUGAAGCGGCUACAGCGCACGAAGCUCCUGUUGAUGUGGCUUGCAACAAAAACUGAAAACAAACAGUGCUCGCUCGUAUUAUUCUCUUUUGUGUUCAUUUCAAUGUGAGCGACUCCACAGAUGGCUGAUCGAGGAGAAAAAAUGAAAUAAAAACAUUCCCACGUAAAAAAAUAAACAAUUACCUGAAAAAAGAACACAAAAUAAACGUGAAAAACAACAACAACAAAACCAGUAUCAUGGCGCAAAAACAUUAAAAAGGAAGCACAUAAGACAGUGAGUGACCAUAAGGGAAAAAAAUAGAACAAGAGACAAGACCCAUUGCAUCAUCAAAUUCGUGAACUCAGAACAGGUGGUGGUGGAUGUUGAGGUGACUGACAGUUGUGAUAGUGGUGUUAGUGAUGAUGAUGAUGAUGAUGGUGACUCACAAGAUGACCAGAACAAAAGUGAAGGGGUAGGGAGGACAGACAAACAACAAGAACCGUUCAGUACACUUCACCGCCACACACUAGCCCUCUCCACAGGCUCUUCUACACCUAAACAGCAUCAGAACACCAGCACGAUGACCAGAACAAGUGUGGAGGGGUAGCGGGUAGAGAGGAGGACAGACACCCACUUCGUCACUCUUCCCCACAACACUAUAAUCCACACACAACUCCCUACACAGCACCACACACGUACAUACAAGUCCCUCCCCGCCCUCUCCUUCCUUUCCUCCCUCCCUCCAUUCUGAGAGGCGUGGAGUUGGCGGAGGAGAGGAGUGUGACAUGGCCGAGAGUCACAAGCCUUGCCACCAAUCCCCAACACCCUCAGCAGCAGCAGCAGGAGCAGGAGGAGCGACACUAGCAGGCUUGCCCCCACCCAGGCUCCUGCGAUCCCCCAGCCACGAGAGCGUCAGUACUGAACUCUCCCUCUUUUCCAUCAGUAGCGCGGCCUCCGAGAUGUCCCGUGCGGGCCUUCGCGUGGUUCUGCCUCCCCACCUCGGCCGCGGCCCCUCCCCCACGCCCGAGACCAGACACCGCCUUCAGGUAAGCUCCCAGGUGCCCUCGGGAGCAGGGGGCGGCGGCAGCUCGGCAGGGGAAGGCGGCGGCUGCAACUUGUGGGGUGAGGAGGAGAGUGACCUCAUCCGUUCCUGCGCGGCCCUCAGCUCAGCACUCGGCGUCCACAAGAGUUUCAGCACCUCAGAUAUCAGCGGCGUCGGGGCUUCCAAUGAUGGGGAGCUGAGUCGCACGUGGGUCAGCGAGGGCAACUUUGUGCUUCAGAUCAAUCUGUGCGGGGGUGGGGGCAGGCUGGAGGGGGUGCUGCUCCCCCGCCUGGACCCCACCUCCCGCUCCUGCUCCACCUGGGUCGCCGUGGGGGACGUGGCCUCUACCUCGCAGCUGCCCUCCCCGCAGGCCCGGCCGGGCUCCCUCGAGAGUCCCGCCAUCACCGCCGCAGACUUCAUCCGCUCCGUCAACAAGAAGGUGCGCCAGAACUACAUCAAGCGGCGCCUCGUCACCACCUACAAGGCCCUUCAGCGGUUCUCCCAGUCCGAGCUUGACCUGGAGAGCGUGGGAGGAGCAGGCCAGGGCGGUGUCAAGAUCGACGGGGGCGGCGUGACCCUGGUAGUGCCGCCUCGCCAGCAGUCAGCCCAGGACGUCUUCAGGAUAAUCAAGAAGGAGGUGGAGCUUCCUGCCGCGGCCGUCCCCAGCACCCAGGCUUCAGGGAGCGGCGACAAGGGGAAGAAUUUGAGCCUGACAGCGAAGGACGUGGAGCGGGACCGCGGAAGGCCGCUCACCAAGUACGAGAGGAACAUGAUGAUCUUCAACUGGCUACAGACCCUCGAGGAGACCGCCUACGAUAUCAUGUCUUGAAGGGCGAG